CUCCACGCAAACUGAGUGUAAAAGCUUUAAAUAUAUUUAUUUGUUCAAUUCUGGUUAAAAGGAUGUUCAGUUUAUCUUUUGUAUGAUUUAAGUUUCAGAGGCUGUUUUGAAUAUUUAUUUCUGUAUACAAAGCGAACAAAGGAGCGGCUUUACUUACGAUAACGAAAUGUUUUAAUGUCAACCCAAUUAUAAAAGUUCUUAAUUCAAAACAAUAAUAAAUUAGCGAAACAAACCAAAAUGCCAGUUGGAGGUAGACUUGCUGGAAAAACCGGAUAUUCCUCGGGAUAUUCCGGGCAAGGACGCUCGUACAAUGACAUCAACGAAGAGAUUUACUACUUAAGCAUCUUCAUGGCAAGUCUGAUAGCGAUCCUAAUCUGUAUGGCUCUGUGUUACAUUGCAUACGAAAAAUAUCACAAAAAACGAGAAUACUUCAUUAAUGUUUAAUUUUCUUGAGCAACAAAGUGGAGUUGACUCGAAUAUUUCAUCAUAUACUUGCUGUGCUAGUCGUGACACUUACUAUAAUAAUAAUAUUGAAAUACUUAGAUUCAAUUCGAGAUAUUUAUUUAAAGUAAUCUCGGAAAUAUGUUGUUGGUGUUUCAUGUGAAGAUAUUUAAUAUCAAUGCGCUAUAAAAUUAUUUUUAUAUACUUUUCACGUAGUUUUCAAGAUCACAAAAUAUUUCAAUGUGGACCAGAAAUUGUAGAUUUUAUUUCUAUUUGGAAGAAGAAAAAAACUUUAUGGACUGUUCUUAACAUUAUCCUUAUUUCCACUCUAUACAUGAAAACUCAAUAAAGA